GGUCGCAGCAUUUCUGUGAGUCCUGGAAACUGCUACCGUGUGAGCCGAAUGAAACAUGUAUAACUACCCUAUUAGUAUAAACAAUAUUAACGGAGGAGGGUUAACGAUAGAGAGGCAGGAAUGACACUCUCCCACCGCUAAGCUCAAGAUGAGAGAGUGGUGGAUUCAUGUGGGUUUGAUCUGCAUCCCGCUGGUAGCCGUCUACCUGCACAUCCCGCCCCCUCAGCUGUCACCGACCCUGCAGAAGUGGCACAGCGCCGGGGAGGUGUUCCACUUCAGGGGCAGGGAGAUCUUCUACAGAGAUUCCUACGGUGCUUUGGGAAGCUCCGACGUCGUCCUUCUGCUCCACGGCUUCCCCACCUCCAGCUACGACUGGAACAAGAUCUGGGAGCCACUCACUCAGCGCUUCCAUCGAGUCAUCGCACUGGACUUUCUGGGUUUCGGCUUCAGCGACAAGCCACGACCCCACAGGUACUCCAUCUUCGAGCAGGCCAGUGUGGUGGAGGCCCUGGUGGCUCACUUGGGUCUGAGCAACCAGCGCGUGAAUCUGGUGUCCCACGACUAUGGAGACACUGUGGCCUUGGAGCUGCUGUACAGGAGUGACCAAAAUCGCACAGGUCACCUGACCUUCAACAGCCUGUGUCUUUCUAAUGGAGGAUUGUUCCCAGAAACACAUUACCCGCGGCUGCUGCAGACGCUUCUGAAGGACUCCAGUUUUCUGGCUCCAGUUCUGAUGCGGCUCACCAACUAUGUGGUCUUCCAAAAGGGGAUUGGAGAGGUGUUUGGUCCAUUCACGCAGCCUACAGACGCUGAGUUCUGGGACAUGUGGACGGGUCUACGCUACAAUGAUGGCAACCUAGUUUUGGACAGUAUCCUGCAGUACAUCAACCAGAGAUUAAAACACAGAGAGCGAUGGGUGGGCGCGCUCACUUCCACCUUCAUCCCAUUGCACAUGAUCUACGGACCCCUGGAUCCAGUCAACCCUCAUCCCCAGUUCAUCCGUCUUUACCAGCAGCUGGUCCAGAGGUCGACAAUCACCAUUUUGGACGAACACAUCAGUCACUACCCUCAGCUGGAAGAUCCCACCGGCUUCCUCAAUGCAUAUUUCAAUUUUAUUCACUCUUUCUGAAGAGGAACCAAAUGCAACACCUGUGUCCAAGCCUGUGCAAGCUGUUUGGCACUGCUGCAACACUUGAACAUGAUUAAUGACCUUUCCUGAUGAUUCUCAGCAGGAUAAAUGCUGCAUCUGUUUAAUUUAAUCAUAAAUGCUGGGCCAGUUUACCAGCAUCAACCCCUAAAAUGUCAAUUAUUGGCAUGGGAAGACAUCAAAUGUGAGCUGGAAACAUGAUUAAUUGUACUUGCUACUAACCGACUGAUCUGAUGUUGACAGUGUUAAUUAAUGAGCUCUAAGAGGAAGCGUGACAGCUUUGUUUGGUUGUGUGAUCACUGUUGGACACUUUUUGAUUCCCUCCAUUUUCUGUUGGCUGUUGAGUCCUGCAAUCAGCUGCACUCUGAAGGAAUUUUGAUAUGAUUUUCUACAGUUCUCUUGAUGUCAUUGAAAAAACUAAAUGUUAAUGUUUCUUCAAAU